AUGAGUGAAUGGGGCAAUUUCACGUGUCAUCUGACGUUGAAAAACCUUCGACCUGCAAAUUCUACCGUUCGCCGUAUCCCAGAACCCAUGCCCGGAUACUUUUUCACUCGUAUGUUCAAAUUGGUGGCAUGCCCGCACUACAUGUUCGAAUCUCUCGCUUGGGUCGGCUUCUCCGUCAUGACGCAAGUACUUCCCGCCGCAAUGUUCACUACCGUUGGAUUCAUCCAAAUGUCUGUUUGGGCCAAGGCUCGACUUCGUGCCUAUCGUAGAGAGUUCCCCGAUUUUCCUCGCAAUCGGAAGGCCAUAGUACCCUUUGUGUUCUAA